AUGGAUUCCACUGCUUCUCUGAAUCGCUUACUGGCGGUGUUGACUGAUCAUGAUAUCGGUCUGGGUUAUAAUGAUCUGGCAUGGCUGUUCGAAUCUCCUCAGACCAAGGAUGCCAUGAUUUCCUGGGUCCAUGAAUAUCUAGGAUCGGCCACUCUUCUCAGCCCGGAAGAGCUUGACAUGCAUGCAUAUAUCUCACAGUCGAACUAUGACACUCCUUCUGCUGAUGGCAUGCCACAACCUAUGCAAGAGUAUGAUUUCGAAGCUGCCAUCAACUCAUUGGAAGCUAGCACCGCUGCAAUAAAGAAGCAGACUACUAUCUUGGGAGCUCAAAGAGAUGCCCUUGUGAAACUGCAAACACUCAAUCGAGAGCCCGACUCCAUCGUCUCCGAGAACGAAGAGAAACGAUCAAGUCAGGCACGUACCAAAGCUCAACUGGACCUUGAGACGACCGAGCUUACAGAUGGGAUUCAACAACGCGUAAACGCAACCAGACGACAUGCAGACUCGAGCCUCAACAUGCUGAAGACGUCCUCUCAACGUCAACUCGAUAAAGAUAAUCGUCUGCUUGACGGACUGCAGAAAGUCAUGUUCAAAAUCGCCCCUCUGGAACCCAGCGAAAAGCAGUUUCCUGACUUCAAUACUCUUUCCCGUGCUCUAAUCAAGCUAGAGAGCAAGGUCGUCAAAGAUCGAACGAACAAUACAUAUUUGGAGACUUUGGAAAGCCUUGCCCACGAGACAGAUGGCUUUGAACAUCAAAGUAAUGCACAGGCAGCACAAGAAACGUAUGGAUUGGCCGAAGAACUCGAAAGCCUGAUUACAGAGGUGGACUCGGUACUCGAGAUGACCAUUAGUAGGCGCUACCGUGCGCCCAUCGUCAAUGCUUUGAAACUAUGCGACGCGCAAGCCCAACUCGAACAACAGAGCUGGCUAGAAUAUGUCGUGAGGACGUUAGAUGAGCUAGCGCAUAAAACCGAGGACCUGGCCGCUUGUACUCAGGACGCUUUGGCUUACACAUCAGCACUCAGCCACGUCUCAGACGCACUGGUCGAAACACUUCCGCCACCAACACAGCCGCCAUCCAGACUGGAUAGAAAACAGUCUGUUAGAAGUCACUCACCCAGAAAGGUUGCGAAUUCGAUAUUGUAUCGUCAAGGAGCCAAAAAUCCAGCUCUUGAGAUUCUCGGAUAUCAUGGCAUCCGCAUCCCUGCUGAGUCUGGUACGGACAGUGAGACCGUGUCUCACGCCCUCGAACUGGCGGUGCUAGAACGACAAUCACGUCUGCAAGACUUGCAAAGAUCCACUGAACACUCUGUCGCAGCCCAGGUGGCUGAGUCGGUCAUCUUGGCAGAUGGAGAAUUACAAAACUUGGUUGGAGCACUGUACGCCCAUUCGCCUUACGCCACCGUGAAUCUGGUCGACAGCAAGAUGAACGGGAGACUGGAACACCUGGAUCGUGAUAUUGAGAGCUUGGGUGAUGGUAUCAAGAGGCUUGACGUCAACCGAUUGGCCGAGGCUGAGCAGACCAGAUUAUCAGACGCUCUCGGCCAGUCAACUAGCUGA